AUGGUUGAUCAUAAACUCAAAGAAGAGAAGCCCUUCUCAUUCCUAACAUAUCCACCAUCCUUUGAUGAUCACACCCCGUUAACGUUUCCCUCUUUUGAAUGUGAAGAAGAGCUUCUUCCUCUCUACAACGACUUUAUUUCUCAAGCUUUUCAUUUGCCUACACCAUCUCUGUCUUUACCUGACCUUGAACCCUUGUCUCAAGAUGUACUCGAUACAUACAGCUCUGAAGAGCAGAACAGAGGAGAAGGUGACUUGGAGAAGAGUACUAAGAAGAGGAAACUCAACAUAGAACAUAACGUGAGAAUCAUCAGUGAUAUUACUACUACCUACACAACCUCUCCAGGUCCAAAGGCAUUGUCGAUGGAAACCAUCUCUGGCUACUUCUAUAUGCCAAUAACUCAGGCAGCUAUGGAGCUUGACGUAGGCUUAACUCUUCUGAAAAGAAGAUGUCGUGAACUUGGUUUUCGUAGAUGGCCUCAUCGCAAACUCAUGAGCUUACUAGCUCUGAUUAAUAACGUCAAGCAGCAGAAGAGGGAAAGCGGUGAGAAUGCAGGAAUAUUCAAGAACGCAAUAGAGAUACUUGAGAAUGAGAGGAAGAGGAUUGAAGAGAAUCCGGAUUUGGAGUUUACAGCUCAGACAAAGAGGCUAAGACAAGCUUGUUUCAAGGCUACACACAAGAUGAAGAAAAAGUUAAGUCUCAAGUCAGAGAUAUCUAAACCCUCUUGUUCAAGCAGCGGCUCGGAGGAGUCAGUUAUUGAAGGUGUAGAAAGCGAUGAAGAAGUGAAGUAUCUCUUGAGUGGUUUCACAAGUGAGUUUAGUGGUUUGUGA